CCCACAGAGCGUCUCAGAUGCCCUUGCACACACACUCGCGUAGACCAUCCAUCCAUCCACCCAAACAGAUCUAUACAUCCAUGCGCCCCUCUGCGUGCCUCUCUCUGUCUUGUCUCACUCCAUGCCCCCCUUUGUUGCAUUGUUGUCCAUGCCCAUGUUGGCAAAGGCCGUCUCGAUGUCGGGGGUGAUGACCAUCCGCUUCUGCACCGGACCUGAUCCAUGAGACACCCAAAACACACACGCGCACGUGUCAACCAUCAUGCAUGUGCAUCUGCAUCAGCAGCUGCACACCAUACCGAGAAAGGUGAGCUCAGAGCUGCCGACCACGCAGCCGACAUCCUGGUGACAUACACACACAGAGAGAGGGGGCAGCGACAUGCUUGCGUCUGCGUCGUUUCGUUUCUUUUCGUUUCGUGUUGUGUUGUGUGCGCGUGCCUGUGCGAAUUGGCAUUCGGACCCCUGGUCGAUGUUGAACAGGUGGUCGCCCAGCUGCAGCUUCACCCGGCCCGACUUGUAUAUCAACAACUUGCCUGUAGUGUGCACACACAGACGUGUAUAAACAUCCACCCACGCAGAUCAGCCGAUGGCGUUGUUUGCCGGUCGGUUUGCGCGGGUACCUAGUUUUCCCUCUGGUAGCUGGUCGAUUGAAGAGCUCAUGUAAGCCGGGGGCGGCUGCAGCUUGCUCUCCUCCUUCUUGCGACCUCCCUUGCGCGACGACGCAUCUGUCCACAAUCACACCAACCAACACACAUGCACUCAUCCACCCAUCCAUCCAUCCAUCCAUCCAUCCAGAAUCUACCCACCUGCCGCUGGCCUCUUGUCCUCCUCUGCACCAUCCUGCUGUUGCUGCUGCAGCUCGUCGCUGUCUGCCGAUGUAGGUGGCUGUGUUGCCGCCCGGCCAGCGGUGGACCUGUCCCUGUCGAUGGCGGGCAGCCUGUUGGGGAACUGCAUGAUGAAGAAGUCACGGUCGUCGCUCCCGCCAUACGCUGGCGGCAGCCUGACACACACACACACACACACACACACAGAGAGAGAGAGAGAGAGGGCAAUACAUAUCGGUGUCUGGCUCCUUGUGCGGAUGUGCGUGUGCGUCUGUACAUUGCGUCCAUUUCGGCGUCUCUGUUGAAGAGGACUGCUGCAUUGCGGUUCACCUCGUCCACAUGCUUGACGGUGGGACGUUUGGCCGACACUCGAGGCUCAUCUGCGGACGCCCUGCUCACCUGCAAACACACACAGGCAUCCGGACACAUGUGUGUGUAUGUGUGCAUGGGGGGUGUUGAAAAGCAGCUCACUCACUGGUUUCUCGCCGUCACUCUUGUCGGUUGCAUCUCUCUCUCCCUGCUGCUGGUGGUGCUGCUGGUGGUCCUGUCCGUCCUCGUCUUCCCUCACCACAAAUGGCAGGGUGGUUGGGGCAUACACGCUGAACUCCCCGCCGGCCUCCGCCCAGCUAAGGUCCAUCAAAUCCUUGCUCUUCCCCUGCUGCUGCUGACCCUUGCUCCGCUUCUGCCGGUAAUACUGCAGAUGCGCCGCCCUCGCCCGGUCCCGCUGCUCGUCCCUCUCCUCCGCCGCCCUCCCCUCCCCCCUUUUCUGCUUCCCCCGUGCGGCGUCCUUCCUCUCUGCUGCCGUCCGCUGCUGCAUCUGCAUCGCUGCCGUCUGUCGGGACGCCUCACGCAACGCGGCAAUAGCGGACGGCAGCGUGCCUGUUGCCUGCUGCUGCUCGACAGCAGCAGGGUCCACUCGCUGCCUCUGCAGACGGACAUUGGGGGCGAAAACCUUGCUACGAUGGGCGGGGGCCGAUGAGCUGCUGAUGCCCGUGACCAUGCCGGGCGCAGCGGGGGAUUCGUUGAUGGAGCUCAGGCGGCCUGCUGGGCCGUCGACUGCGAGGGUUGGUGACGCGAAUGGCCGGGAAGAUGGUGCCGGUGGCGCGGUGGCCGGGCCGGCGGGGGAUGGUUGACCUGCCGCUGAUGCUGAUGCCGCUGCUGAUGCUUGUGCCUGUGGUUGAGGUCCUCCCAUGAGGAAGCCGGAGCUGAGGAAGCGACGCGUCGACACUGAAAGAAUCAACACACAAUCCAACAGACGAUGAGAGAAUGCAUCACGCCUGGGUGUGAGCAGGCGUGAUAUGACUUGACUUACCAGGUGCAGCAUCUUCGGUUCGCUGGCCCUUGCCGGACUGCCGACGCGGACCACUCAUCUAUUCUAUCGUCACUGAUCAAUCCUCCGUCACUCACACGAUGAAUGAGUCUCAACAAC